UUAUUAUGCUUUAGAAACGUCAAAGCUCACAGCUGUUCUAUGGUAAUAUAGUCACUGACAACGCAGUGUAACGCUAUGCUUUAAAAUUCUUCAGGCAGGUAAAGAAGUGUGAUCAAAGUGGCUUUCUUCAUACUAGUUUAAUACGUGAUAUUUAAAAAGUAAUGUUAUUAAUAUGAGAAAUCAGGAUCUGAUUGAUUACCUUAAAUGCUGUAGUGUAUGCCAGUUUUGCCAACUACGUUAUCUCAAAGCUCGUGGCAAUGAAUAUCAAAAUAAACAGGAGUAUUUUGAUCGGGUUAAUGUCGAUUAUGACGAGGAAAUUGACUGGACCGGGGAUCCUGCUAAUAAAAAAAAACGCCAGAAUGUCUGUCCAACAUGUUUGGGCUUAUUUUCAGAAGAUUUUAAAGAACAACUCCUUCAAUCCAUAGAGAGCACUGACAUCGAUAAAUAUGAGUGCGAUGGAAUUGUUGUUGCUAUUAGUAUUCCGAUAGUUCUACAAUUACGCCAAUUGUCCAUGUGGUACGCCUUAUUAGAUAAAUUUGGCGAUAAUAUUAACUUAGAUCGGGCACCCGACGUAUCUUUGAAAGAAGCAAUAAAGCUAAUUUUGAAUCCGACUAUUUGCGAAAGACUAAAUAAAACAUAUGAUAUCAGCAAUGGCUUAAUGUUAACUAUAAAUUUAAUUCAUACGGAAGAACAGGAAGGAAUCACUCAAUUAGAGAAACUGAAUAGCUUGGUUUAUCCACGAAAGAAGGGUCAGAAAUUGGAAAAAAUGUCAAGAUCAUUAAUUGAGAAAAAAUAUACACCUCUAAGAGUAAGUUCCGAGUUAUUCAAAAAUGCAUUCGUUGUGCCUCCGUCGAUACCAACCGAAAGUCUUAGAUUCGAUUCAGUUUCUCUAAUUGGACCUGUAACCUAUGUAGCUGGGCGAUAUAGAAAGCUUUCCCGAAAACUAUCACAUACGCCAUGGGUUUUGAAUGGCGAAAGAGUAAUGGACGACAGCAUAGAGGAGAUUAUUAUUCGUAAUAUAGCUCAUUAUUUUUGUGAUGAUCAAAAAAAAGUAAACUUUAUGUCAAGUGGUAGAGAAGAUGUGGAUGUUAGGUGCCUUGGAGCAGGGCGACCAUUCGUGCUGGAAAUACCCAAUGCUUUUCGAUCGUCACUAUCUUCUGAUUUAGCCCGUCAAAUGGAGGAAAAUAUAGAUGUCUCUCAGAAGGUAUCAGUUCGCGAUAUUCAGAUAGUUAAACGAGAAGAAUUAAUACACAUAAAAAUGGGAGAAGAACAAAAAAGAAAAUGCUACCGUGCACUUUGUCAAAUCAGCACCAUAGUGACGGUAGAUAUUUUAAAACGGCUGGAUUUUCAGAAUGGAUUUGAAAUCCAACAGAAGACUCCGAUACGUGUAUUACAUCGUCGACCACUCCACACAAGACCUCGAACUAUAUAUAGUCUAAAGCCAUCAGUUUGUAGACAAAAUAAAAAAUUAAUUAUCCUUGACAUCGUAACACAAGCGGGAACAUACAUUAAGGAGUUGGUUCAUGGAGAAUUUGGACGAACUACUCCAUCAGUGGCGUCAUUGAUUGGACAACAUAUCGAUAUCAUAGCGCUUGAUGUAGUGGAAAUAGAUUUGGAUUGGCCCCCUUCAGUUUGCACAUGAUAUAAACCUAACUAAUUAUUUCCAAAAAGAGGAUAUUUCGUUGCUAUAUGUUGAUAUUUUUAACUUCAAAUAAAUAAAUACAGCAUCUAUGUAUUUAAA